CUCCGCGACUCAGUGUUUGAGAAGCUAAAUGCUGCUUGUCGUUGCAGGCGGCCAGUUGUCUUCCACACCGCCGUCGUCGGUGUCUUCAAGCUUUGUCCCGCCCUUUACGUCUCCGCCGCCGCCGCCCCUCCCGCCCCCGCCAGCCUGCAGCAGCGCCGCCUCCAGCGUGGUCAUAGGCGCCGGCGGUGGAGGCGCCCUCACGACCACUGGGGCGAGUGGCGGCAGCCGAGAGGUGGUGGUGGCGAGCGUGGGCGGCUCUUCGGGCGGCGCUGGCGGGCGAGGGGCGAGCGGCGUGAGUGGCGCGUCGUGGGUGGGGGCGCAGUGCCCGAUCUGCUUCAAGGUGCUGCGGGACAAGUACAAGCUGAGGACGCACCUGGCGGACAUCCACUCCGCCGUGCAGCACGUGUUCACCUGCCCCGUGUGCAAUCGCGUGUACAAGACCAAGAACACGCUCACCAACCACAUCAGCCUCUCCCACCGCGGCUACAAGAAGCGGCGCCAGCACCACUACCACCAGCCCCACAUGCAGCCCCCGCCGCCGCCGCCGCCGCCGUCGCAGCUGGGACAGCAGCAGCAGGAGCAGCAGUCCCACCAGCAGAUACAGCAGCAGCAACUGGCGCUCAUUGAUCAGCAGGGAUCACACCAACCGCACUGAUGAUCAGUCACGUGACCCUCCUCCGCCGUGCCAGUCGUCCACAGAGUACAUACACACACGACGUCAGCGUGCUUCUGUAACCCACACCUCUGCCUUCGACGAUUACAGCAUAGAUCACGUAACAGCCCCCGCCGCGACAAAAGACCUUCUUGUACAUACUCCGGGACGCAGAUAUUGUUCAGAGUAGCAUUUAUGUUUCCUAGCAGUGGCUGGUGAAGAUGAGACCGAUGAAGAGUAGGAAAUAGCACCCAUGCGAUGUCUUCAUGUUAUUUUCACUUCAGCCAAAAGAUAAAAUGAGUGCAAAAGUGAUUUGAAUGGUUCGGUCUUAUCAUAUACAUAAUAUACUUUUUGUAGGGAGAUUUAAACAGAAACCUUACAAUAUACACGUCGUUGAUUAUGCAAUAAAUUAAACCUCAUUUCUAUAUAAAUUAAAAAAAAAGAAACGUCCUAUUUUAUAUACAGGCGAGCUAUAUGUGCCAAGUAAAGGAGAAGAAACUUCUCUUUCUUUUUGAAGGUGGCUUGAGGUCCUCCAAGGAGAGGCUGAGGCCCGGACUCGUGACUGAGGAAAAAGGUGAAGGGAAGGGAUGGUGAGGGGGGCGGGAGGGGUCUUCCUCCCCCUCCCCCCCUCUGACCGUCUCCCUCGCCCUCCAUUACCAACCUUUCAUGAACCGGACGGACUCAUCAAGUCAGUAUCAAAAUAUAUAUAUAUAUAAAAAAGCUGUACUUUCCCCAGUGUAUAUUUUAAGUCGUGUAUAGAAUAGAGAGUAUAUAUAUGCGUAUAUACACAACACAUAGAAGUUCCUAGACGUAAAUUUAAUGCAGUAACAACCACGUUCUGGGGACACUUCCAGGGAACGUGUCCCGCUGGUUGUUCGAUAGAUCUCUUCCCCGCCUUCCCCUGGGCGCGAUAUAUCAGUUGUAUACGAUUUUUUACUUAGUCACAAUAACUAAAAAUUAAAAAAACUACCGUAGGAUUAGUCUAUAGUGAUGAAACUAAAGGGUUUAUAUAUAUUUUACCGUUUAGCAAAUUUUUAGUAGUUUUUUUUUCUUUUCUUUUUUUUUUUGGUAUAUUUACGCGUUCGAAACCAUGUUCUUUAGGAUAUUUUGGAACCUUUUUAGUCUUACAUUAGUUUAGUGUGACCUGAAACAAGGCUAUGCUACCUGUAUACCCGGGUCACUAUGCGGCCUGGUAUGUUUGCAUGUUAGAUAGUUAUGACUUUGGUUUUAGAUACGCUAUUAUUGUUGUUGAUAUUAAUAUUGUUAUAAUUGUAUUAUUAUUAUUAUUAUUAUUAUUAUUAUUAUUAAUUACCAUUGUUAUUAUUAUGAUUAUGAUUAUAAUUACUAUUAUCAAUUACCAUUGUUAUUAUUAUUAUUAUUAUUAUUAUUAUUAUCAUCAUCAUCAUCAUUAUCAUUAUUAUCUUCAAUGAUGAUAUAGUAAUUUACUGUAUGAUCAUUAUGUUUUUUUUUAUAUUUAUUGCUCUUGGAGCUAUUGUUAUAACAACUUAUUUUAUUAUUAUUUCAAUUAUUGUAAUCGCAAUAGCUGCUAUUAUUAUUUCGGAUGCUGUAUGUCACAUUUUCAUGAUUUUCCAUUAUUGUUACCAGUAUUAUGAAUUAUCAUGAUUAUAUCAAGCCAUUUUUAGUCGCCAUGAUCGUGUCAUGAAAGAAAAAAAAUCUCGCUGUCUCGUAACAAGUUUUUUUUUUAGUUAUUGCUUCCUCAGAGGACGGAGUGACGUUGCCAUUAGUGUCAGAGCCUCACAAUCCUUAUCAUUAUGGGGCCGGCUGCGGGGCGGCUCCUGGCUGGGUCUCGGGGGAGUGGGGGGGGGGGCACCUACAGAGCCGAGAGGGAGAGUGGAAGGGAGAGGGUGAGCUUGACAGAAAGACGAACACCACUUGUAAACACCACAUCGCAUCAUACUAUGCCACACUACACCACACUACACCGUGCCGCCCAUGACAUACCACACACAACACCACACCGGAAAGAGAGAGAGAGAGAGUGAGUGCGUGAGUGAGUGAGUGAAAAGGAGACGAGAGUGAGAGAGAGACAGAGAGAGAGAGAGAGACAGAGACAGAGACACCAGCCCAGAGCCAACGCAACACCUCCCUCCCCCGUGACAGCUUCAAUGGGCCCGUCUUCCCCGCACCUUCGCUAGAUCUCACCAUAACGCCAGAUUCCCCGGGUCCUUUUUUGUAGCUGGUUCAAGCCAUAUGCAGUUUGAGCAGUUCAUUACGUUCCUAUGUUGCAACAGUUAACUAAUUAUUCAGUCGUCUCAUAUUUUUAUAGUGUCUAGACAAGCGGUCAGUUACUCGUUCGUAGGUGCGAUGGCGUACCGCUUUUUGAUUUCAGUUUUGUGAACAUUUUAGUGAUCGUCUUUUCAGUUCAAGUUCAUUGUUCGGUUCCUAAAGAAAGUACAUGAUUUUACUCACGCUUCCUGGAUAUAUCCCAGUGUACACGCAGAACGCACACGCACUGACCAUACUUUGAAGCCGUUUUAGUGCGAAUGUUCAUCGACCAAACAGGUUGAAAAAUAAAGCUUCGAGUUUAUGACCGUAUAUAUCUCUUUUUAAGGGCUUGGGAAACUUGAUAUAUUGGAUAACGAACUAGUGUCCAUGUAGCAAGGGGAGAAGUCUUGAAGCCCUGUGUUUUGAAGCCUCGCUUAGUAUAUAAUUACGUUCCCGUAUGCUUAUUUCACCUGUUGGUUCGAUCGUGGCGAGAAAUACGCCCACAGCGUCAUCAAAGACGAAAAAAGAAUAGUAAUGAUUUUUUUGGAAAUCCACUAGACAUUCAGGAUAAUAUAUCCUCGGAUAAAACGCUUUAUCCAAGAACGUUUCCAGUAGCGUUCCUUGGGGACGUUAACCAAAGUCGGACAUAGAUCUCAGCAGCUAGCGACGCUGUCAACCCUUCUGUUGUGUUCUACCUCACGAUCCUAAAAAAACAAACAAAGAGGAAAUAUUUUGUCAGGACUUCAGCAUGGCAGCCAUCCCGCCAUGCCCACACGUUGUACUACGGCAAAGGUUAACAGUUCCUAAGGUUAGGGCAUGUUCCAGGAGGUUUACCCCGUGUAUUCCUGUCUUAGUUUUAAAAAUGUAGUUCGUGCUUACAGAUUACGUACUCUGUUUAGAGAUUAUUGCAUUAAAAAGGCAGAGUCGCUUUUUGUUUGUAUUUUUUUUUCUUACUGAUAGUUUUUUUGGGCGGGUCUUGUAGGCGGUUAGUCGAGAGCCUGUUUUUUAAAAUACAUCUAAUUUCUAUUUAUUUUGUAAUGUUUAGUAGUGGCUGCGAGGUGAGGGAUUGCGUGUGGGUAAAUACACCUAUGUUGCUAUUUGUUAAACGACCCUGUAUGUUUUUUUGUUUGUUUUACGAUUUAUGUAAUUUAUGCAUAAAAAAACUUGUUAUUAUUCGUUGUUUUUGGGUCAACAUCCUAUUUAUCUCGCCUCGUUUUUGUUUUUUGCUUCCUUUCGACUUCGUUAGAGUGCUAGGAAAGGUGUUAUUUCAUUUCGUAGGAGCUGUUUGCGCCGUUUCUCGGAACGGAAGGCUUGCUCGUGGAACUCAAAGUUGAGCGAAGGCCUACAAAAUCACUGGUAGGCCUACAUGCGCCCUCUGGCGUUUGCCUCAGUCCAGCCCACCCUUAGCUGCUUCAUAGUAUUUUUGUAUUACUUAGCUUUUUAUUUUUGUCUUGUAUCGUAAAUAGUUUAUUUACCAUUUUAGUUAUUUUUCUAGAACUGGGCUGUCAUGGAUGCCUGAAAAAAAACAUGUAUUCACAUUUAAUAGUUAAAAGAAUAAGCAGGUGCGGAAUAUUUUACGUAAUAAAGAAUGAAAAAGGUG